GAAGAAAUGCGAAAGAGACCAAGAGUUCAGAGAGCAGAAGCCUGAGGACCUCGGAGCGCCUUGAAUGUGAUUGGUCCAAAAAAGCCAAUCGGGUUACAAUAUCGCUUCAUAAUUAAUUUGCAUAAAAUUCAGUGUCGCUUGUCGCCUCUCGCGUGUCGCGGCGACAAAUCACGCCCUGCCAUAGGAAAUAAAUGGUCACCUGUCGCUUUCCAGUGUGAACACAGGGUAAAUGUUAAGCAGUUUACAAUACAAACUGUCCGCAUCAAUUUACUGAUCAUCAAUUUAAAUAUAUUUAAUUAAUUUAUUGACCUCUUGUAAUUAACACGCCCCCAACUGAGAAACUCAGGGCUUACCUAUAAAUCCGAGUUUCACACUGGUAAAUACGAGUUUGUGGUGGCGUUCAUGUGCUCUCAUCUCGUAAACGCGAUACUUCUGACACGAUCUGAAGGCAGCAUUAUUUCAUCCAUUCUGAGAUCAACAAGCUGAGGUGUGCUGAGCUAGUUAACUAGACCUAAGCUAGUUACUUGAUGUUCUCCCUUGAAUUUCCAGGCUCACACGCUGGCUUUCAGUAACGUCACUACCAGUUUGAAAUGAAGGACACAAAUAUAAAUCUGUAUUGUACUAUACUCUGUGUUUACGGUUCAGGCUUUGCCAUAUACUAGCAGUAGCUGCAAACUCGUAACUCGUAACUGUUACUGCAAACUGUAAGUUAACUGUUACAGUUUACUGCAGAUCGAUCAGUUUAGCUAGGUGGCUAAAUAAUAAAAAAAAAUAAAAGUGAAAACAGUAAAUCUACCUCUCUGCAUUUUUUUUUAAGAUUAGUAAAUGUUUAUAAGCAGGACUAGUAUGUCUUAUUCCUUCAAAGGAACACAUUUCACAUAUUCUUGAGAAAAUGUAAUGCUUCAAAAUCAUUGCUGACAAAAUCAGAUAUAUAUUUAUCUUUUCGCAUCCGACACAAGCCCAUACAUUAUUUUUGUUCCCACAGUGAAGGUGAGUCCCUUACAGUAGGGCUCUGCAGCCAGACUCUAUACUAUUGUAGGGUUUCUCCUCCUCCUCUUUUUCUCCUCCUCCUCUCUGUGUCACUCUGAACAGCAGUAAAGCAGGAAGUCUCUCCUGCUCAGUUCAGAGUAAAUGAAAGUGAUCUCAGAGGGCUGCUCUCACUCAGUGUAGAAGUGCAGGAAAAUGGCAGAGGCCAGUAUUUCAGUAGAUCACGAUCAGUUCAGCUGUCCAGUCUGUCUGGAUCUGCUGAAGGAUGAUUGGUUGGGUAACCUCCCUGAAAUCAACUUUUGCAACUUGGAAUGUCUGGGAUCUACAGCUGCCCCCAGUGCAGAGAGACCUUCACUCCAAGGCCUGUUCUACGCAGAAACAACAUGCUGGCUGAAGUGGUGGAGAAACUGAAGAAGAACACAGAACUCCAAGCUGCUUCUCCUGCUCCCCAUUACGCUGGAGCUGGAGAUGUGGAGUGUGAUUUCUGCACCGGGAGAAAACUCAGAGCCAUCAAGUCCUGUCUGAUGUGUCUGGCCUCCUUUUGUGAAGCGCAUCUUAAACCUCACUAUGAAGUUCCUGGAUUGAAGAAGCACAAUCUGGUUAAAGCGUCCACCCAGCUCCAAGAGAAGAUCUGCUCUCAGCAUGACAGACUGAUCGAGAUCUACUGUCGUACUGAUCAGAGAUCUAUCUGCUCAUUAUGUACAAUGGAUAAACACAAGGGUCAUGAUACAGUUCCUGCUACAACAGAAAGAACUGAGAAACAGAAUCAGCUGAAAGAGAUGCAGCAGAAACUCCAGCAGAGAAUCCAGGAGAAACAGAAGAAGCUGCAGGAGCUGAAACAGACUGUAAACACUCUUAAGGUGAGAACUGAGCAGAGAUUUGAUAUUUCAGAGCUCAGUCUGAAUCUCCUCUAAUCAGACGGUUAGGAGAUCAGUGUUAAGACACAUUCCGAUAAUAUUCACAUUGUGAAUCUACAUCAAUGUAAGAGAGUGAAUGAUAGUUCAGCUUAAAAAUAAUUGUUUAGUUUUUCCUUUAUCCCAAAUGUACCAGAUAAACUAAGAUAUGCUAGGCUCGUGUACAGGGCGAUCUCUGAAAAUUAGAAUAUAUUUGAAAAGUUACUUUAUUUCAGUAAUUCAGUUAGAAAUGUGAAAUUCACAUUAUAUAGAUGUAUAACACACAGAGUGAUCUAUUUUAAGCAUUUUUUUAUUUUAUUGUUGAUGAUUAAGCCAAAAAUCAGUGUAUCAGAAAAAUUAGAGUAUUAUAAAAGACC